AUGGAAAUCAGUGCCAAUACUCAUCCCUAUAGACGACAACAUGGUGAAAUACGCCUACUCGAAAAACAGAUACGUCCAGAAAUAUUUGAACGAUGUCUACAAUUUAUUGAUAUAGUUAUUAAUCAAAUAAUUUAUCAGGAAAAUAUUUAUCCUUCAAAAUUAUUUAUUCCUCGUCAAAUGUAUCGUUCACUUGUCUACCAAUGUGUUGAUAGAGAUAUAUCAUCCUAUAUAACAUUAUGUGUAGCAUCGUUAAGAGAUUUACUAUCUCAACAACUGGCAGAUAUGAUUGCAAUUAAUAUUAUUCGAAAUUUUCAAAAUCCAAUUAUUCUUCGAAGAUAUUUAAUUGAAUUGCACACAAUUCAUGAUCCAUGUUUACGUGCUAUUUAUGAUAAUACCAAACAAUUAAUUAGUCAACUUGACCAAUCGUUUUCUGAAUGUAUUCAAACAAUUAAACAAAUUAAACCACUAGAUAAUCAUAAUUAUAAUAAACAAUGGACAUUUCAAUUAAGAUCGUCUCCUGACAGAACAAACAAUAAAGGGAUUUCUAUUCAAGAAAUUCUACGUACAAAACCAAUAUAUAAAGAAUUCCUAUUAAUAAAUCAACAAUCACAUUUAUUAUCGAAUAGUAAACAAUCGAUUAUAUCAUCGAUUAAAUCAUUGCAUACUGAAAGACUUAAAUUACAAUUUAUGUGUGAAGAUGAUAAAUAUGAACAAGAAAAAUGUCAACAAUGGAAUCAGCAUCUAUUAAAUAAUAAAUUACCUGAUCAACGAGAUAUUGAUUAUGCAACUGACUCAGAUAUUAAUGAAUAUCAGGGAAAUUUCAAAGAAAUAGACCAUUAUUCUCGUGUUAGUAACAAACGAAACGAAUCUGAACUUUGGCCCUUAACAACAACGAACAAUCCUCCAAUCUGUGCAAUGGAGGAGGAAAAUAUGAAUUCAAAUGAUAUCGAAAGAAAAUCAAACGAUAGAAGACAAUCGAAAAAGAAUAAAAUAACAACAAUUGAUGUUGAUCUAUUAGUUAACCGUUAUCAUUUAUCACAUGAUAACAAUAGGGAAGAUUUUGACGCAUUGCCAUAUUCGUCUGAAGAUGAAGACCAAUAUCAAUUGUCUUAUUCUCCUGAAACUGUGCGGCGAGACAAGGGAGAAGACGACGACGACGAAGAAGAUUUUUAA